AUGCCUGGAAAGAAAGCGCGUAAGAACGCGCAGCCUAGUCCUGCGCGGGCCCCGGCAGGCGGGGCCGGGUCAGCCCAUGCUGAAGCUGAGUGUGCCCUUCAGUUGAGGAGAAUUGGAGACAAACUGAAUUUUCGGCAGAAACUUCUAAAUCUGGUAUCCAAACUCUUCCACCUCGGAACCUGACUGCU